AUGAUGCUUGUUAGAAGAAGAGGAGAGGAUGAACUACAACUCUCAGCAUCCAUUGUCAAAGUUGAGAAUUUACCUAUUGAUCCAAACUCCAUCUAUGUCGUUUUCACUUUCGAUCAAGUUCCAAAAAAAGUCGGAUCGGCAGAUAAAAACCUCGAAGGAAAAAACAGUUAUGAAUGGUCCGAAACUAAUAAUAAUGUCAUUUUCAAAGAUGUUCCAGAAUUUAGUAAUGAACGAUUGAAAAUUGAGGUGAAAGAUAAACAAAGUGACAAGAUUGUAGGAAUGACAACCACUUCAUUGGAUACACUUCCCAAAAAUCUCGAAAUUUCUCGAAAACUCAAACUUUACGACACCAAAAACGCAGUCUGUCACGUUCGUUUGAAAGCCAUUGGUUUUGGUGUCGAGCAACGUUUAUUCGAAGUUCACAAAAACGUCAUGCCCUUUCUUCGAUCCAUUCACACACCGUCAGAUGCCAUGCGAAAUGUCGUCGUGUUACCAACAACGAUGGAAAACUUUUUUGGAUUGGAACCUGCCAUUGAGGCUUUGAAACGUGUGAAGGAACGAUUUCCAAGUGCUUCCUCUCAUCCAUUGUAUCCAGUGUUAUUGAUUUUUCCUGGAAAAUAUUUAGUGAGAGAAACGAUUAAAAUUCCAGCAUCGUUGAAUGGGUUGGUAAUUUUUGGAGUGACAGAUACGAAAGAACGAGUGCAUUUGAGUUCCAAUAAGAAGAAUGAACCCAUUUUUGAUAUUGCCAUUGAUGUGAACAUGAUUCAUAUGCACGGUUUGACAUUUGAUGCAGAUGGCUUGUGUGCCAAAGUUUCAUCGCCAACUACGAAAUUAGAGGCCUAUUCGUGUGACUUGUCCAAAAUUUGGCCAUCGAAUAGUAGUGCAGAAGUUGUAAAUUAUGAGUUUUUUGGAGAGGAGGAUUUGGAAGAUGAUGAAGCGUUUUAUUAA